CCGGUACGGAAGCCGCAGGGAGCCCUGCCGCGGAGGACGCGUUACGUCGCUGUCACUGGCCGAGCCCUCAGUACCAGAAGCGUCCCUGUAGCAGCAGCAGCGGCCCCCCAGUGCGCAUGCGCAGUUCUCUCACACGCAGGAGCUGUUAUACCGGCGACGGCGAGGGCCCGAUACCGGCCAGAGAGCGGAGCACGGACACCACUGCGCCAUCUACAGGACAGGGAGCAGCAAACAUGUCAGGCGCAGGAAAAGAGAACGUUCGGAUGAAGAGCUACAAGAACAAGUCUCUGAACCCAGAUGAGAUGCGGCGGAGGAGAGAGGAGGAGGGGCUACAGCUGCGCAAACAGAAGCGGGAAGAGCAGUUAUUCAAACGAAGGAAUGUUGCAACCGCAGAAGAAACGCCAGAGGAUGAAGGGAUGGCUGACGGAAACCUCCAUGAUGUGCAGAUAAAUAACAUGGAGAUGGCGUCGAGCGGGGUGAUUACAGCGGAUAUGAUAGAUAUGAUCUUCUCUAACAAUCCAGAGCAGCAGCUGACGGCGACCCAGAAAUUCCGCAAACUCCUCUCUAAAGAGCCCAACCCCCCGAUAGAUGAAGUCAUUGGGGCGCCCGGGGUGGUGGCCAGAUUUGUGGAGUUCCUGAAGAGGAAGGAGAACUGUACAUUACAGUUUGAAGCAGCGUGGGUGUUAACGAACAUCGCCUCCGGGAACUCCCUGCAGACUCGGAUAGUGAUCCAGGCGGGGGCCGUGCCCAUCUUUAUAGAACUACUCAGCUCAGAGUUUGAAGAUGUGCAGGAGCAGGCAGUCUGGGCCCUGGGGAACAUAGCUGGAGACAGCACCGUGUGCAGGGACUAUGUGCUAGACUGUAACAUCCUGCCUCCUCUCUUACAGUUACUCUCAAAACAGAACCGUCUUACGAUGACUCGGAACGCGGUCUGGGCCUUGUCUAAUCUGUGCCGAGGAAAGAAUCCUCCCCCAGAGUUUGCUAAGGUCUCCCCGUGUCUGAACGUCUUGUCCUGGCUGCUGUUCGUUAGUGACACCGAUGUCCUGGCUGAUGCUUGCUGGGCCCUCUCCUACCUAUCUGAUGGGCCAAAUGAUAAAAUCCAGGCGGUGAUCGAUGCCGGAGUGUGCAGGCGAUUGGUGGAGCUCCUGAUGCACACCGACUACAAAGUGGUGUCACCCGCUCUGCGAGCCGUGGGCAACAUCGUGACCGGAGAUGAUGUUCAGACACAGGUCAUUCUGAACUGCUCAGCGCUGCAGAGUUUACUGCACUUACUGAGCAGCCCCAAGGAGUCCAUUAAGAAGGAGGCAUGCUGGACGAUAUCCAACAUCACCGCUGGCAACAGGGCCCAGAUCCAGACCGUGAUCGACGCAGAGAUCUUCCCAGCUCUCAUCAGCAUCUUGCAGACGGCCGAGUUCAGGACCAGGAAGGAGGCAGCGUGGGCCAUCACCAACGCCACAUCCGGGGGCUCCGCUGAGCAGAUCAAGUACCUGGUGGAUCUGGGCUGCAUCAAGCCUCUCUGUGACCUUCUCACCGUUAUGGACUCCAAGAUCGUGCAGGUGGCUCUGAAUGGCUUAGAGAAUAUCCUGAGGCUGGGUGAGCAGGAGGCGAAACGCAACGGUACAGGCAUAAAUCCGUACUGUGCUCUCAUCGAGGAAGCCUAUGGUCUAAACAAAAUCGAGUUCCUUCAGAGUCAUGAGAACCAGGAGAUCUAUCAGAAGGCGUUUGACCUUCUCGAGCACUACUUCGGCACCGAUGAUGAAGAUAGCAGCAUCGCCCCACAGGUGGACCUGACGCAGCAACAGUAUAUCUUCCAGCAGCGAGAAGCCCCCAUGGAGAGAUUCCAGCUCUAACUCCAGCGGCCGCGGGCUUAGCAUGCCUCAGAGCUAGAUCUCCUGGUCCUCCUACCUAACCUUCGUUCAUCUGUUUUGCUGUGUGCGCAGUUUCUUUCUCUCUCUUCUCUGUCUUUAUUUGCUCUUCUGACCUCCUCUCUCUCUCUCUCUCUCUCUCUCUCUCUCUCUCUCUCUCUCUCUCUCUCUCUCUCUCUCUCUCUCUCCAUUUCUCGCGGUGCUUCCUUUUCAGUUUGUGUCCAGUAGGAGUAGUUUCUAGCCUUCUGCUAUUUAAACUUCCUUAAUUUACUUUUUGAAAUCUUUUUCAUUUUUUCCAUCCUUCCCACUGUGCACCCUCUUCUGGUUUCCUCUUUGACGUACGGAGCUGUUGGCGGAACCGGCACUCCACGCGGUCAUUACAAGAGAGGGACUGAGCCUCUGCAAAUACCCUUACCGUAUGGUGGUACCCACCGGAUUGCUUUCACAUAUCUCCAUUUCACCUCUGACUCAAAUAAUGUACUUUUACAAGGACGCAGAUAAGAGACUCCAAUGACAAAAGGAAAAAGACGAGACCAAUUGCACACAUUGACCGUACCGACAGGCGACGUCCUGGACCCGGAGCCUCGUGCCAGGACUUGUACAUGAUACGUAAGAGGGGAGAAUCGCCCAUCCUCAUACUGCUGCCUGGCUUCCAUUGAACCAGAAAUUCCUGAGGAAGACCGUGUUAAGCUAAACGGGCAACCCUGGGAGGAAAUAAUUGGCAAAGAUUUGGAAACCGAGAGAAAAACGGCGCCGAUGAGCUUAACCGUUCUUCACCUAAAGCCUUCCGUGGAUUCCGCGAAGACUUUAUUUAAGCAACUUUAAUUCUGACCACCUUAAUCCGUGGCAUGGUGGUCCAGCCGCCGCAAUGGUCUAAAUGGCUGCCUUCAGUUUUCGUUGUGUUACUUUUUUACGUUUUUUGUGUCUCUCUUCCCUCGGACUCCGUGAGACUGUGGACUGUUGUACUCCGUCUCUCCCCAGAGACACGACGGACUUUGAAUUACUUGUUGAGACUUUUCUAGUGACUCUUUAAAUUAAAAAAACAAAAACAAGAAAAAAUGUACAAAAAAAAAAAAGACAAAAGAAACCAACUUCCUGUCCCUCCAAAGUGACCUCUGAAAAUGUGAUCAGACUGAACCUUCCUCCGUGUUCCGCGGAAACCGAUUCAGGUCACUGCGUCCUGAAUUUGGUCUUGGCGGGCAAAGUCGUCUCCUCUCCCCUUCAUCUGUCUGGUUUACAAAAUGAACCCAGUGUAGGUUAGAGUAUAUAUAUAAAUAUAUAUUUUUAUUUUCGUUAAUGCAGCAAUUUUUAUUUGCUGUGUAAAUUAUUGCAUUAUUUUAAUGUAAUCAUGUUGUAUGUUCCCGAGGCCAUUUUUAUAGGUCGGAGGCUGGUGACCUUAUAGCAGUUCCCUGAUCGGGUGCGUGCAGCGUCCAGCCGGGUUCUCGUGCUUUUCUGCAUUUGCCACAUUAAGUCAAAUGUGUUAAUUUCUCUCCCAUCCAUCAAAAGAUUACUCGCUGUGAUCAAUACAUUAAAGCACAAAGCACGUCCAUUCUGGCCUCUAUCCUUUGUUGGUAUGUCACUGUAGGGUACACCCAACUCAGUUAUGUAUUAGUCUUUUUUGCUGGAACGAUCACCAAAGGUCUAAAUGCUAAAACCAUCAAUGUAGUUGGUGGACUCCUCUCCCAGGCUGUCUUAGGCUGAACAAGACACAAGGAGUGUUCCACCUUGAGUUCACUUUAAUCCAUUGGCUUUUGUGCCUGCCUGCAACUUUUUCAAAAUACUUUUUUUUUGUCUUCUUGACUUCCUUCUGUGCAUUACAGCAAUGUGUUUAUAUCAUCAAGAAAAGUUGUGUAUGUAAUUUUAUUGGGAUACGACACAACUGUACUUCUGCCCCUUGCAUCAGACUUAUCCAGCGAGAAGCUUUGGGCAGUGGCUCUGCCUGAUGAUAUAAUGACUUGGCUGAAAAGGAAGGGAACUAAAAAGACAAAACUAGUAAAGUUUUGGGAGAGCAUGUACACUGCAAUAAAUUAGUCAUAUGUGACUAUAUCCACUGCUUACUACCUGCUAUUUACACGUUCUUUCAGAUGAAGGUGAAACCUGUAUCGUAAUCUAAUAUCCUUUAAUUAGGAAACUAUUAUAUCUUCGGUCCAUAAUAGCAGGGGAGGGGGGGGGUGACUCCCUUUCAUUCUGAUUUAACGCAGACUGGUCCAUGUGCCCUGUAUCUGCUAACCAUGUAAGGUACAGAGCAGUCUCCCCACCUGGAUUCUGGGGAAAUAAUGGGCGUGUUAGUACGAUAAGACAAAUAACACUGUACCCCAACGCUUGUGGAGCAAGGGAAAAAUCUAAGUUUUUAAUUUCGGCAAUUUAGCUGGUGCUGUGUCGCACCCCUUCUGCCUGGUUUUAUAACCAUUUUGGUGCCUCAUUAGACUGUACACCAUUAUUUCACCAGCAUUGUGACCCCUAUUUAAUUCUGCCCCUGAACUUUCAUUCCUAAUGAACCUAAAUUAAAGUGGGUAAAUUGCUGCCAACAGAACAGCAAUUAGAAAUGGUCACUACACAUCCUAAGAACCAACUAUGGUUAGUGGAGAGGUUCCUCAGCCAGUGCUUGUUCCAUCUGUGGUGACUAACCAGGCUUCUAUAAUACACAUUGUCCUCGUCCCCUAUAAACCAAUCAGCUGUGAAUAAUAACAAAUUAUAGGUUGCUGUAUUUGAAAGCAGAUUCUUGCCCGAUAGCUUAUCAUCGGCCAUCUCCCUGUAGACACGUAACAUGCAAUAAAAUGUCACACGUGACCCGUUUCAUGUUGAAUGUAAAUCCCCAAAUCCCUGGUUCCUCCAAGAAGUAUUAUUGCAGCUCUCUUACCAGUAGUGUAGAUUAUUGAUUCUGACCCCCCCACCCCCCCUCGCACCAGACUGCGCAGACUGUGAUCUGGAUCCAUCCCAAGCAAUAAGCCGGCGUGGUAUCUUCUCCCAUCAAGAUUGUGUUCGGAUCCUGCUGCUAUUCCCGCACCCUGCCAAGGAAACGUCUAUUUAUUUAUUUGUGCCACAGACUUUGCUCGUGUCUUAGAAACACAGAUACUUCACAUCCUUCCAUGUAUUCUCAUUUACCUGCUAAACUUGAGUAACAGACUUGUAUCAGGAGCCAAACUAUAAAGGCCAAGCGCAUUACAAUGGGCAGAAGAAGCCGUCAGGGUCUGAGCCCAGAAUACUGCACUACGGGGAGAGCCAAGGACAACUCACAGGAAUGCUUACCUUGACUGCACUUUUCAAGCUCUUUUUUUGGACUGGACUUGUGUCCUUUCUUUGGGAAACUGAUAUAUAUAUAUAUUUUUUGUUUGUUUCAACUUGGGACAGAUGUUUAUUUGGACAUAUACCUUCCAUAGUUACACUGCUAACGCUGUAAUCUGUGGUACAUAAAUCUUGGCCGCGCAGAGCCCUCGCUGUAUCGCAGUGCGACCUUUUAACCCUUUGGCUGCUGACCUCGUCACACUACUGCUGCCGGUGAUAGAUAUUGUGGCCACGUGUCUCAUAUAGACGGCUGAAGAGAAAUAGAAUUGCUUUGUACUGCUUUCAUUUACAGGAGGAAUUCCUGCAUCUUAUGAUCCUUUCAUGUACAUACACGAGGACUGGCUGCAAUAAUGCCACAAGCCUAAAAUUUAUAGGGCAACUUCCCUAAUUACCCCCUCCCGGCAAUUAAUUGAGACCCUUAAAGGGCAGUUUGUGGCUUUUCAGCUGGAUCCCUAAGCCUGGGUUAGAAAUUGCGUCCUUUAUGCGGAAGCCCCUUCUAAAACUGGUGGAAGUUGAUAGAAUGAUCGGCUAGACUCCUGCUUGCAUUGCGAGCACUAAAUCUGUGUCUCUACGGAAAGCAUCACAACUUGCAGGAACGUUGCGAUAUCCAGACGUUAUCCUCUUCAUGUUAAUGACGCCACUGACAAUCUGAGAUUAAACCUGAUCUGUUUUAUGUGCUCGAAGAUCAUUACAUGCAAUAGUAUGUUCUAUAACCCCAGUGUCACUGCAUACCCUGUGUCCAGUUUGUCACACUAGUCCUCCCGUAAUGGACACCUGAUAGAAAUAGCGGGUUCAGAUGGUCACAUGACCCAUAUCGUGACAUGACGGAACGUUUGUGUAAUGACGUGCCAUCAAGUUGGCUUCUCAAACAGUAGAGAUUCAGUGAGAGAACUAGAGUAAGACUGCAGUAAAAUGUAGUUUAGGGAUACAGUAAUUAUGACUGGUGGGUUGUCAGAUAGUACCCUAUAAUUGUAAUUUCCCCCUUUCCAUCCUCUUCAGCUCUUAAUAUCUGUAUUAUCCCACUUUUGCCACCAAUGUUACAAGAACUAUUUCUAGUAGUGAAAGGGUUAACUUGCAAAACAAACGGCUGUAACUUGAUUUAUAUUUAAUUUUCUUUUCCUUUAUGGAGGAAUUACAAAACGUAUUUCUACCCAAAUAGGUAUGUUUUAUUAAACAGAUAACUUUGAAGGAAGAAAUAACUUUUUUAUUGAAACAAAUUAAAGAAAUACAACAACAAAACACUCAACUGAGAUUCAAAGCACAUAAACCAUUUGUAGCAACUAGUGCUAAACGGGAAUAUUCUGCCUCGACGUCACAGUAAUGAUUGCAAUCACCUAUUCAAGUGAAUAAAGUCACUUUCAUCUUU